CGCGUAGCAUCUGGUGCCAGGGCAACGUAGAGGGGAGGAAAGAGAGGAGAGAGAAAGAGAGAGAGGAGGAGAAGAAAACAGAGGAAACGACAGAUCGAGACAUCUCGAGAUGGCGGAGUUUGAAGCGGGAAUCGAGGAAGUGAAAACACGCGCCGCCGUAGACGGAUCUGGUGUCGCCGACGGAAAAGGCUGCGAGGAGCGUCUCCGGGGCCAGAUCAAUCGGAACGGAAACAUGCAGGGUGAAGGCGCGGGAUCUGUUGCGGCCGGAGGUGGAUUCUUGGAUGAGAAGCCGAUUCGCGAAGCUGGAUCCAUGGAAUCUCCGUCUUCUGGGACUGGUGCCAUAAUGGUCCUUCCAACUCAACUUACCAUUUUCUACGGUGGGAGUGUUAGCGUAUUUGAUGGAAUUCCUACUGAAAAGGUACAUGAAAUUCUGCGUAUCGCUGCUGCUGCUGCGAAAGCCACUGAGACAAAGAAUUCUAUCAGUACGAGUCCUACUCCAUCACCAGCACUGAAGAGAACCCCUUCUUUCUCAAGCACAUCUACAGUUGCUUCACCGGGAGCACAGUCAUAUCCCGUUCAUCCAACUGCGUUGUGCAGAUCAGUGGCGGACUUGCCAAUUGCAAGGAGAUAUUCCCUUCAAAGAUUUCUUGAGAAGAGACGGGACAGAUUGGUGAACAAGAGCCCUUAUUCUGCUCCAGACACCAAAAAGGCCGAUCUCAUGUCAGACAAUUCAAGCACCAAUCCCCCUUCUGCAGCCUGUCUUUCGGAGAAAACCCCCGCUACAUAGUGGGGGACAUCAACUGCACUUUACCGAGUUUCUACAGGUCAAUGUAGCAAGGUUCUAGAACUGAAUCUUCAGGCAGAGAAAUGGUAUUGGGAGGAAUUCUUGGUGAGAUCACUGAAUGCCCAAGACGAUGUGUUUUGUGUUUCUUCUUGGUGUCCAACUAAAGUUGAGAUAACAGCUGUUAUCUCAUUGUUCACAACCUUUGUAGGAAGUGUUUUUUGUGGUCUUGUGGAUAAGUUUGUUGUGUAAUUCUUGUUUUGAAGACAAGUCUUGUCUCUCUUCUCUUGUGAUUGUAAUUGUAAACUUGGAUGUUUCAAAGAACUUGUUUACCGACUUUGAGUUGUGUGUUUGUAUCAA